AUGAGCAAUGAUGCCCCGUCAAGCUCUGCGGCGCCGAUACGAGACAGCGGCGAUGCUAUCCCAAGCACGAACGAGUCUCCCGCCACAGGUGGUCAAAGACUGCGCGAUGGUCGCCGGCAGAAGAAGAAGACGAAGAAGCGGAAGAAGCGCAACGAGGGUCUCAGGAAGAAGCUGGAUUUCGUAACGGAUCUACUCAAGGGGCUGGACACGUUUGUCUUCGCCGAACUGAGUGCGCUAUACUACAUGGAGUACGUUGAGCCAAACAUCUCCUCGAAACUUGUGCUAAUCAUUGAUGCAGAUGCUCCUUCUUCCGACUUCUGA